CAGCGGCGGGGCCCUGAGGAGGCCCGAGCGGCGGCGGCGGCGGCGGAGGCCAAGGCGGAGCCUGGAGAGGUGUGGCUGGACCAAGACCUCCCCCGAUGUGAGCAGGUUUCCUCCUCCCCCCACUACCCGUUGCCACCACGCCAGGGAACGUCCUCAAGCCCUGGCCCUCAGGGGAGAGGUAACAGGAGCCCCGAGCCGAGACCAUGUGACGGCGCUGGCCCUCGCCACCGCCGUCCCCCCCACCCUGGCCCCAGGCCUGGCACCAUGAUGUUCCGAGACCAGGUGGGCAUCCUCGCUGGCUGGUUCAAGGGCUGGAAUGAGUGUGAGCAGACGGUGGCCCUGCUGUCACUUCUGAAGCGGGUCACUCGCACCCAGGCCCGCUUCCUGCAGCUCUGCCUGGAGCACUCGCUAGCGGACUGCAAUGACAUCCACCUACUGGAGUCGGAGGCCAACAGUGCUGCCAUCGUCAGCCAGUGGCAGCAGGAGUCCAAAGAGAAGGUGGUAUCCCUCCUGCUGUCCCACCUGCCCCUGCUUCAGCCAGGCAACACGGAGGCCAAGUCGGAGUACAUGAGGCUGCUGCAGAAAGUGCUGGCCUACUCGAUCGAGAGCAAUGCCUUCAUCGAGGAGAGCCGCCAGCUGCUCUCUUAUGCCCUCAUCCACCCGGCCACCACACUGGAGGACCGCAAUGCACUGGCCCUCUGGCUGAGCCACCUGGAAGAACGGCUGGCUAGUGGCUUCCGCACCCGGCCUGAGCCCACCUACCACUCACGCCAAGGCUCAGAUGAGUGGGGGAGCCCUGCAGAGCUGGGCCCUGGGGAGGCAGGGCCAGGCUGGCAGGACAAGCCACCCCGGGAAAAUGGACACGUGCCCUUCCACCCAUCCAGCUCAGUGCCGCCAGCUAUCAACAGUAUUGGGAGCAACGCAAAUGCAGGUCUCCCCUGCCAAAUUCACCCCAGCCCGCUGAAGCGCUCCAUGUCGCUCAUCCCCACGAGCCCCCAGGCCCCUGGUGAGUGGCCGAGUCCGGAGGAGCUUGGGGCCCGGGCUGCUUUCACCACGCCCGACCACGCACCCCUCUCACCCCAGAGCAGCGUGGCCUCCUCUGGCAGUGAGCAGACGGAGGAGCAGGGCUCCAGCCGGAACACUUUCCAGGAGGACGGCAGUGGCAUGAAAGAUGUGCCCUCAUGGCUGAAAAGCCUCCGCUUGCACAAGUACGCAGCCCUCUUCUCACAGAUGAGCUACGAGGAGAUGAUGACACUGACUGAGCAGCAUCUGGAGUCUCAGAAUGUGACCAAAGGUGCCCGCCAUAAGAUAGCGCUGAGCAUCCAGAAGCUGCGCGAGAGGCAGAGUGUCCUCAAGUCCCUGGAGAAGGAUGUGCUGGAAGGCGGGAAUCUGCGCAACGCUCUGCAGGAGCUGCAGCAGAUAAUCAUCACCCCCAUCAAGGCCUACAGCGUCCUCCAGGCCACUGUGGCUGCUGCCGCUGCCACCACCCCUACUGCCAAGGAUGGGAGCCGGGGGGAGCCAACACUGCCAGGUGCUGAGCCUCCCCUGGUUCACCCCGGCACAGACAAGGGCACUGAGGCCAAGGACCCUCCAGCUGCAGAGAGCUACCCCCCUCCACCAGCUCCAGCUCCCACUGAUGGCAGUGAGCCAGCCCCGGCUCCCGUUGCCGACGGAGACAUCCCCAGCCAGUUUACACGGGUGAUGGGCAAAGUGUGCACCCAGCUGCUGGUGUCCCGACCGGACGAGGAGAACAUCACCAGUUACCUCCAGCUUAUUGAAAAGUGCCUGACUCAUGAGGCGUUCACGGAGACGCAGAAGAAACGGCUGCUGUCCUGGAAACAGCAAGUGCUGAAACUCCUCCGGACCUUCCCGCGCAAAGCCGCUCUAGAGAUGCAGAGCUACCGGCAGCAGAAAGGCUGGGCAUUCGGCUCCAACUCACUUCCCAUAGCUGGCUCUGUGGGGAUGGGGGUGGCCCGGCGGACCCAGCGGCAGUUCCCCAUGCCUCCCCGGGCCCUCCCACCCGGCAGGAUGGGCCUUCUGAGCCCUUCAGGCAUCGGGGGCAUCUCCCCACGACAUGCCCUCACUAGCCCCAGCCUUGGGGGCCAGGGCCGACAGAACCUGUGGUUUGCCAACCCUGGAGGCAGCAACAGCAUGCCCAGCCAGAGCCGUAGCUCUGUGCAGCGCACCCACUCCCUCCCGGUCCAUUCAUCACCCCAGGCCAUUCUCAUGUUCCCUCCAGACUGCCCGGUCCCUGGGCCUGACCUGGAGAUCAAUCCCACUCUGGAGUCUCUGUGUCUGAGCAUGACAGAACACGCCUUGGGUGAUGGGACAGACAAAACCUCCACCAUCUGACGGGACCCACAGCCCAGCGCACCCAUAGGCUCCCUGGGCGGCGGGCGGGGGCCAACCCCCAACGGGCUUCUCUGCGACAGCGAGAGGGUGGGCUGGCUCAGCUAUACAUUCUAGUAUUUUUCUACUUUCUCACCCUUUUAACUUUUGUUUAACAUUGGCACGCGCCUUGCUCACUCCCAGGCCCGUCAAGGGAUCUCUGCUGAGGUUCAGGGAGGUAGGGGGCAGCCAGGAUAAAGGAGGCAGGGACUGGCCAGCCUGACUGCCCCUCCUUCCCUCCCUCAUCCCCUACCUGGCCCCGUCCCACCCCUGCCUCUUCCAUACUGCCGGCCACCUGCCCCUCCUAAGGGAGCAGCUUACCCCUAUCUUGUGGGGCCUGCUCAGAACCAUCUGACAUUUGGGGAGAAAGAAGCGGGGUUGAUAACCUGCUCUCCUGGAUGUUAUUUGAGAGGAGCUAAGGAGAAGCUGGUGGUUGAGAGGAUCCCCUCUCUCUCUCCUUGCCACCUUCUUCUCCUUCCCCAUUCCCGUCAACCCCAAGGACAGGAGCCACCCUCUUUUCACUCACCUCCUUUUGCCCUGUUUAUCAGAGGUUCUCUACAAUUAAUUUCUUAGGCCUAUUUAAGAUGCAUAUUUAUAUAGUUCUUAACGGUUUUUCUCUCUGAUCAUUCCCUCUCAUUUUUAGAAUCCCUAGGCCUCUUUCUGAGCCAAGAAAGUGGCAGGGGGAGCCUGAAUUUUAUGAGGGGAGGGGGCAGAGCCCCUUCCUCCAGACCCCCUAGUCCUUCCCCUGCUUCCCCCCAGUCCUGGCUCCCCAGAUGCAGAGGUUGAAGGCCAGGAGCCAGGGCAGCCAGUGAGGUCAGGAAGUCUGUUGCCUUAACAUCCCCUUCCCGCAACCAACACACACCCUUGUCCACUCCCAGGUCUGGUAGCUGAAAGACUUGGGGUAAGGAGUAAGGGAAAGGGGAUUGUUUGGUUUUUGGUUUCUUUCCCCUCCCCUCUUUUCUUUCAUCCUUCCCUGCCCCCCAUUCUGUCAUGACCUCACUUAAGUGGAA